AUGGCCAACGAGAUCGUCGCCUUCCUCAAGGCGCACCAGCGCCAGAUCAUCCGCUACGGCAAGAAGCUUUUCUUUUUCCUCAAGAAGAAGCAGGCCAGCGGCGGCGCGGGCGGCCAUAGCCAGGCGCAGCAGCCGCAGCAGCACCAGCAGCAGCAGGGCGGCGCGUGGCAGCAGCCGCAGCAGCCGUGGCAGCAACAGCAGCAGCAGGGCUAUCCGCAGCAGCAGCAGGGAUACGGCCAGCAGCAGCAGGGCUAUGGCCAGCAGCAGCAGGGAUAUGGCGGCCCGCAGCAGCACGGCGGAUGGCAGGCGGGCCAGGGCCAUGGCAUGCCGGCCACGCAUGCGCCGGGCGUCAAGCCCAACCACGGUCGCUACGAUGACAACCAGGUGAACCAGGCCAACGAGCGCUACCAGCAGCUGCGCAACUCGGCGCGCUCCGAGGGCGACGCCAUGGCGCGCUGCUUCGACGCCUCGCACAAGGCCUACUCGUCGGGCGACGGCGCCCGCGCCAAGCAGCUCAGCAACGAGGGCAAUGACCACAAGCGCCGCAUGAACGACUUCAAUCAGCAGGCGGCCGACUGGAUCUUCAAGGCGAACAACGAGGACUCGGCGGAGAACGAGGUUGACCUGCACGGCCUCUACACGGCCGAGGCCAUCGAGCGCACCGAGCGAGCCGUGCGCGAGGCGCAGCAGCAGGGCAAGCCGGAGCUGCGUGUCAUCGUCGGCAAGGGCCUGCACUCCAAGGACCACGUCGCGCACAUCAAGCCGGCCAUCGAGAAGCUCAUGCGCGACUACAAUCUCUCUGCGCAGCUGGACCCGCACAACUCCGGCGUGCUCGUCGUGCACCUUGGCGGCGGCGGUGGCGGCACGCGCGACGCUGGCGGCUUCACGCGCGAGCUCGCCAAGCAGGCGAGCGGCAACGAGGAGCAGUGCUCGGUCAUGUAG